GCCUGUUCACUGUGUGUGUAGGGACAUUCGUCGUUUUGAGAUUGAUAAACGCUGGUGUCAAGCUGCUAAGUAGUACUGGACGUUCGCUUGCGUUUCGGCACAUUCCAGAAAUUUCUACAAAUCUCGCGAACCGUAACCUGUUAUAAAGCGAUUUGUAUAGUUUGUCUUGAUUAAAGCAUUUUGUGUCUCUCGAUUCCCAUCGAUCGUAAGUUUCGUCCUUGCGAGCAGUGUUCGAUUUUCUGUUUUCCAAAAUGUCCUUGUUCGGUUCACUGAUGGGUGAUUUCGACGACGAUCCUAUUUUUGGGUCCUCAAUGCGGUCUAUGAGACAUAUGAUGAACUCUUUAUUCAAUGAUCCAUUCGAAAUGAUGAAUCAGAAUGCUAUCACAAAUGAUCCCCACAGGACUAGAAAUCACCAGGAUGAUCUUCAGAUGAUGCCAUUUGGAUUUCCACCGAUGCUAUCGUUUAAUAUGGGUCGAUUAUUCACAGAUUUUGACAAUAUGGCACCACAAGGAAAUUGUCAUUCCUUCACUUCUAGAUCUGUAAUGACAAUGGCUAGUGGUCCCGAUGGGCGUCCGCAAGUAUAUCAAGAGACCAUGUCUACAACAACUGCUCCUGGAGGUGUGAAGGAAACGAAAAAAACAGUUUCCGAUUCUCGCACUGGAGUAAAGAAAAUGGCUAUAGGUCAUCACAUUGGUGAGAGGGCACAUAUUUUGGAGCGAGAGCAUAAUGUUCGUAGUGGGGAGCAAGAGGAACGUCAGGAAUUUAUUAAUCUCGAAGAAGAGGAAGCAGAGAGUUUCAAUAAUGAGUGGGAAACGCGUACUCGCCAAGCAGUCGGUGCGAUUGGCAAUUCGCGUUACGGUGCACAUGGUCAUAGAAGUCGUCCUGAUCAUAGACAACUGGCUUUACCUGAUGCAUCGGGAAGUCGAUACUCGAAUUCUUCGAGAUGGACACCUUCUCCUAGACGUAGUAUAAGAUCACCACCUACUUCUAAGACACACACUGCUGCUUCUGCUUUAAGUUCUGAUACAUCUGGUCGUAUCAAAUCAGUUGCUGCUAAACCAACAGCAACAGUAACAGCAUCUUCAGCAAAUGCAAUAGGAAACCGAAAACGUGAACAUACACCGGAUGCUAAAGUUUGCAAAAAACGUCACUCUGAAUCAGAUAGUAAUAUUUAGAUCUUAUAUUAGAAUCAUUUAAACUAUAUUCUAACAGUACUGCAAAACUUCGGUAAAUUUGUUCUCGUUUAAAAAACAUUUCAUAGAAGUUUAAAAGUAUUACUUGGUUCAAUUAAUUCGCAAAAUGUAUAUUUUACAAUCGACUUUAUAUAUACAUCUUAGAGAUAGAAAUAAAGUGAAGUAGUUUCUUUUGUCCCUACAUUUUUUUGUUUGUUUCUCAAAUUUUAAUCUUUACUUAAAGUACGGUAUGUUUAUAUUUACCGAAGUUUCCACUGCAGUUACUUUCCAUUUUACGAAUAGAUGUACUAUUUCUAGAAUCUUUAUGGAUGAUGAUAUGUAAUUAGAUAUAGAGAUUCUGCGGGAUUAUGUAUAACAAGGUAUAUGAAAAGUAUGUGAGUAAGAAUGCAUAAGUAUAUAAUUCUGUCUUGAAUGCGUUUACAGAUGCAUCAUCGAAGAAUUGUUAAAGAAUCAUUAUUUCUCGAAAAGUUUAACUUGUGGUAAAAAGAAUGAUUUGGGAAGGUACAUUAUACUUUGUUGGAACAAUUAUUGUAUUGUCACUUACAUUCUUUAGUAUUUUAUUUUCGUUGAUGUCUUGAAGAUUAAUUUUAAGCAAAAUUCAACUGUUUAGCUGUAUUUUUUGGUACAAAUUAUAUUUGAGCACAGAUAUGUGUUUGUAGUGAGUGUAUUCAACAAUGCCAAAUAUAAUAGGAAGGAACAUA